CAUAGUGAAAGCCCACAGCCACUUUCCCGCCCCUCCUCUCUCCUGUGACACACUCACGGGCUCCUUAGGGAGGAUUCACCACUGCACAAGCUGAGAGCGCGAGCAGCCGCAGGAGAGGCAAAGGGAGAGAGAGAGAGCGAGAGAGGGAGCCCUGGGGAGGGAGCGGGACCAGGCGACCAGAGCAGCAGCCUCGACAACAUCUGCUGCGCCUCGAUCAGAGGGUGGGAGUUCCCUCAGCUUCGGAGCGGUUUCGUGGACCAUGCUUUCCGCACAUCCCAACUGACACCAGGCCUGGGCCAGAUUGUGUUCCAUGAUCAGUCUGCAUCUUCUCACCUGCCGCAGAUCAACAGAAGAUGGAAGACUCCAACAGGGAUAGGACAUCCUUAGUGAAAGGUGCUAAGGACAUUGCCAAGGAGGUGAAGAAACAAACUGUGAAAAAGGUGAAUCAAGCAGUAGAUCGGGCCCAGGAUGGCUACACACAGAGGUCAUACAGCCGCUUCCAAGAUGAAGAAGAUGAUGAUGAUUAUUACCCAGCAGGAGAAACCUAUGAUGGGGAAGCCAAUGAUGAUGAAGGGUCAAGUGAAGCAACAGAAGGCCAUGAUGAAGAUGAUGAAAUUUAUGAAGGCGAAUAUCAGGGCAUUCCCAACUUAAACCAAGGGAAAGACGGCAUCGUAUCUAUAGGGCAGCCCAAAGGUGAGGAGUACAAGGACCGGACUGAAUUGGAAUCUGAAAGAAAAGCUGAUGAGGAAGAAUUAGCCCAGCAGUAUGAGCUAAUCAUUCAAGAAUGUGGCCAUGGACGUUUUCAGUGGGCCCUUUUCUUUGUCCUGGGGAUGGCACUCAUGGCAGAUGGCGUGGAAGUAUUUGUGGUGGGCUUUGUACUGCCAAGUGCUGAGACAGACAUGUGCAUACCAAAUUCUGGAUCUGGAUGGCUAGGUAGCAUAGUGUACCUCGGGAUGAUGGUGGGGUCAUUCUUCUGGGGCGGAUUGGCAGACAAAGUGGGAAGGAGACAAUCUCUUCUGAUUUGCAUGUCUGUCAAUGGAUUCUUUGCCUUCCUUUCGUCAUUUGUCCAAGGUUAUGGCUUCUUUCUCUUCUGUCGCUUACUUUCUGGAUUUGGUAUUGGAGGGGCUGUACCAACCGUCUUUUCCUAUUUUGCUGAAGUCCUUGCCCGGGAGAAACGAGGGGAGCACCUGAGCUGGCUCUGCAUGUUCUGGAUGAUUGGCGGCAUCUAUGCCUCGGCCAUGGCUUGGGCCAUUAUCCCUCACUAUGGAUGGAGCUUUAGCAUGGGUUCUGCCUAUCAGUUUCACAGCUGGCGCGUCUUCGUGAUCGUCUGUGCCCUCCCCUGUGUCUCGUCUGUGGUGGCCCUCACUUUCAUGCCGGAAAGCCCCAGGUUCUUAUUGGAGGUUGGGAAACAUGAUGAAGCUUGGAUGAUUUUGAAGCAAAUCCAUGACACUAACAUGAGAGCACGUGGCCAGCCUGAGAAAGUCUUCACUGUGAACAGAAUCAAAACUCCGAAGCAGAUUGAUGAAUUGAUUGAAAUUGAGAGUGACACAGGGACCUGGUACAAGAGGUGUUUUGUUCGAAUCCGCACAGAAUUGUAUGGAAUCUGGUUGACUUUUAUGAGAUGUUUUAACUAUCCAGUUAAGGAGAAUACACUGAAGCUGACAGUAGUUUGGUUCACCUUGUCUUUUGGGUACUAUGGAUUGUCUGUCUGGUUCCCCGAUGUCAUUAAACAUCUGCAGUCUGAUGAAUAUGCAGCCCAAGUGAGAAAUAUUGACAGAGAAAAAGUGGCCAAUUUUACUCUCAACUUCACCUUGGAAAAUCAGAUCCACACCAGUAUAGAAUACGACAAUGGCAGGUUUAUGGGGAUGAAGUUCAAAUCUGUGAGUUUUAAAAACUCCAUUUUUAAGAGCUGCACCUUUGAGGAUGUGACCUCCCUGAACACCUACUUCAGGAAUUGUACAUUUAUUGACACAGUUUUUGACAACACAGAUUUUGAGCCAUAUAAAUUCAUUGACAGUGAAUUUAAAAACUGCACAUUUUUGCACAAUAAAACUGGAUGUCAAAUCAGCUUUGAUGACGACUAUAGCGCCUACUGGAUUUACUUUGUUAAUUUCCUGGGUACGCUGGCAGUGUUGCCAGGGAACAUUGUGUCUGCACUGCUGAUGGACAGGAUUGGACGUUUAACCAUGCUAGGUGGCUCUAUGGUGCUUUCUGGGAUUAGCUGCUUUUUCCUGUGGUUUGGUACCAGCGAAUCCAUGAUGAUAGGCAUGCUAUGUCUUUACAACGGCCUGACCAUUUCUGCCUGGAACUCUCUAGACGUGGUCACUGUGGAACUCUACCCAACAGACAGAAGGUCAACAGGUUUUGGCUUCUUGAAUGCUCUAUGCAAAGCAGCAGCUGUGCUUGGAAACUUAAUAUUUGGCUCCCUUGUUGGUAUCACCAAAGCCAUCCCUAUUCUACUAGCUUCUACUGUGCUUGUAUGUGGAGGAUUGGUAGGACUCCGGCUACCUGACACAAGAACCCAGGUUUUGAUGUAACUGGCAGGGAGGAAAAAGCCAUUUGUCAUUUUGUUUCUCUCUCUUUUCCAAGUGUCAAUUUUCUUGAUUGGUGCAAAGGUUUUAGAUAUUUCAUGCCAAGAAAGAUGGGUCAGAUAUUACCAUAACUCAACCUCUUGUGGUGACUAACGCUUAGCUGUGUGAGUCCUUUCCCCCCAGACACAAUUUUUGCACACCUCGCUUUGCCAUUAACCAUUUCUUUCCAAACUGUAAAGACAGCUACCUCCCCUAAAGCAGGCAAAAGGAAGACAAUGCAUGCUAAAAGUCCUCUCUUUUCAUCAAUGGAAACCUUUCUAAAAAUGGCACUAAGAUUGUCAGAAUAGUUUCAGAUUUUGCUGGAUCAGAUCUAGAAAGCUUAAGAGGGAGUAGUGAUGGUGUAAAUAAGUUCUAACAUUAAGGCAACAAUAUGCAGGAACAUAGGUUGGCUUAUUACUACAUUCAUGCUGAGAAAAGAGAUACCACUUUUUUUUCAACCAUAUGACAUUUCCUGUUUACUUAGAAAAAAGCAACGUAUAAUUUGGGCUAUAACAACAAUGUCUUUCAAAGGAAACCAUGUGGUGUAGAGCAGAUGGGGUGGGGUUCUUUCAGUUAUGAGGGUGAAGGAGAAAAAUCAUGACAGGGUAAGCUGACAGCAAAAAGUGUGAUAAGUAAUCUGCAAGAAAAAUCCACAGAGGGACUUAUUUUCUGACUUCUGGGAGAUGUGAGGAAAUACUGGUGAGAAAGUGUACAUGGUUAUGGUUUUCUGAAUAUUUGAAAAGUAAAGGGAGACCCUCUGCUCUUAUGCAGCUGCCAUAGACAGAAAGAAAGGUUAAGGAAGGAAACUUCCCAAAAGGUGUGUGUUCCUUCCUCUGCUCUAGUUUGUUCUACUGCUCUAUUCUUCCUCAGUAGAACAAUGAUGUCAGGUACAGUCAAUCAGCUGUAAGUAUUUUAAUCUUGCAAGUUAGUUUUGAUUUAACAAAGUGAAAUUUAGUAGAAAAACAGUCCCUCCAUCUCAUCGAUUCUGAUCUCAAAGAGGAGAUGCCAUGGCCGUUGAAUAAGUGCUCACAUGGGAUAACUUCUGCAGCUGCCCUGCAACAGACCAGUCAACUGGAAAAUACUGUUUUAAAAUUUGCCCCCAAACAAUGUUGAAGCGAUUCCCCGUGGCAUUACAGGCACAGUGCAUGAUUGGGGUUGCGGUGUUUGCCUUGAGCUCGUGUGUCAAUCAUAGCCAUACAUACUCUACUGAAGGUGGCCAUGGGGUUAUACCACAGCAUCACAGCUGGCUGCUUGAUUGUAAUUUUUCAUUGAGCAUUUGCUUGAGAAUAGGAAAGGAAGGGACAGCAAAGAAUUCCCAUGGGCCAGCUGUCAGCCAGAUGACCCCCUCACCUCUCCCACAUGCCUCAGCUUUAGUCUUUUGCUAUGUGUAAAGACACAUCUUUCUUUGAAAUCUGAAGCCUCUGUACAUACUUGGAAUAAUAGCCCCCAGCCAGCAGUAAAUCAUCUUUUGUGCCACAUACACUGUCGGUUUAAAUGAUACAUGUUUUUGAGCUUGGUACAGCUCAUUAGAAGGUUGUCAUUGGUAGCUAUUAUGUGGGACAACAAGACCAAAAGAGCCAGAGUUCAGGAGCUACCAGAAAGUGAAGACUAGCUAAAGAAGGCUCUAGCUUGGAAUCUUCCUUUCCAAUAAUCAAUCAAUUAUAGGUUUGUCCUUAUAAGGGUGAGUCUGCCUUUCCCAGUCCCAUUGACCACUGUGAUCUGAACCAUCCUCAGUUCAAACUGUGUACGAAAGCUUCUUUCAAUAAUACAAGCCCAGGACAUAGACUGUCCCUCCUUGUUGUUCAGAUCUAUAGAACUAGAAUGUCCUGUCUGUGGAAGGGCAGGAAGGGCAUCUGUCCACAGGGAGAAAAUGUUCAGGGCCAGGCUCAUCAAAAAAACUAUAACAAGAGAGGGGAGAGAAUGGAAAAAAGCAGAAAGACUAUAGAAAUCAAGGAAACAGGAAAGAGGGGCCAAAAAAUGGAAAACUAAAGCAAAUAAACAAGAGAAUCUGCUGUCACCAAGGGACAAAGACAUUGACCACACUAAUAAGUCUUAAACUUAUGUUCCUUUGAAAUUCACUCACUGUCUUCCUCCUCUCUCCCCUUCACUUUCCCCUCCCCCUUCUCAAAGGCCUUAAUAAGCUUUUUAGGUGGAUAAGAAAUAUGAACAAACAGCAACAGUCAGUCAGUCAGUUAGCAUCUAAUAUGUGCCAAGCACUAUGCUAAGUGCUAGGGAUGGAAAGAGAUACCAAAAAAAUAGUCCUUGCUCUCAAGGCACUCACAAGAGUAAUGUUUCUCAAUCCUAUGUAUUCUGAAUCUCUAAAUCUUCCUUACUAAUUAAACAAAAGAAAAAUGUAUGAGCCUAUACAUCUAGACCAGGAGUUCAUCCCCUUUGUGCAUCCUAGACACCUCUGAUAGUCUGGGGAAGCCUAUGGACCCCACCUCAGAAUAAUGUUUUUAAAUGCAUAAAAUAAAACACACAGGAUUAAAAA